AUGGGUGCCGGAAACCUAAUCGGGCCGCUGUCUCUGCUACUGUUCCCGCUCAUCUCCACCUUGGGAUCGGCGGCGCCGCUGUGGUGCGUGGCGAAAAACAACGCGGAGGACGCCGCCCUGCAGCAGGCCCUGAAUUGGGCGUGCGGGCAGGUCGACUGCGGGCCGAUCCAGAUAGGCAGGCCUUGCUACGUCGACUCCGACCUCCAGCAUACGGCGUCGUACGCAUUCAACGCCUACUACCUCGCCCACGCCCUUUCCGAUGACGCCUGUAAUUUUGGGGGCAACGCUGCCCUUACCAACAUCGACCCCAGUCACGGUAAUUGCAGAUUUCCAUCCAGCUCAAGCUCAGGUAAUGGAAGCUUGAGUGGGGCAGUGCCAGCUGGAAGUGCAGAUCUCAACGGCAGUAGUUGUAGUUCACGCGCUAGCCCUUGGGAUUUGGGGGAUGGCCACGGGUCAACCCGGCAUGGAAUUGGCCCGGAUACGCCGGUUUAUGAACCGAACCCUUAG